ACAGAUAUCAUUGAAUAUACUUUCACUUUAACUCUCAACAAAUCUGGAGCUCUCCUAGAAAACCAGCCAAAAGUUCCCGCCUGGAGGAAGCAUGGACGAGCGAGAGCGCUGCCAGAGUACAUCCAACCAGCAAUGGCCAGAGGGAUUAGACAUGCAGGAGGCGAUGGCAGACGCUGCCAGUCCAAGUCCACAGAACUGGAAAAGAUCAGACAGCUUGAAGAUCUUCAGCAGGGCCAUGAUGCGCGACUGGCGCAAGAGAGGAGUAGAAAUGCGCCACUUGCAGAAGGAGACGGAGUAUUUAAGAGGCGAAUAUAAACAGACCAACAACACGGUGCAUAUGUGCAAGGCCCUGAAGCAGGUGGAACUCGAGCGGAACAGCGACCUUCACCUGGAAUUGAUGAGGUCCAAGCUGAACUUCGAAGAGUUUCACUCUUCCAUCUCCAGUCUGACCGAAGUCAAGGAAAAGUUACUGAACGAAGUGGAACUGCGUAAGAGGGAGCAUGACGAGCUCCAAGCUGUGGCCGACCAGAGAAAGACAGAGCUCAAUGCCGCCCUGGGGGAGCUGCGGAUCGACGAAAAUCGACUGUCGGACGAGGAGGACGUUAUGAACCAUCUAAGAACGAAUAAUGCAAACCUCGUGAAUGAAAUCGCGUUGCUCCGCUGGUUGCAGAUGAAGUACAAAAUGAGUGAGAAAUGCCUGACUAAAAAGUUGGAGGAAGCGAACGAGAGGAUGACCAUUAUGCAAGAUGAAUUAAAUUUCCUUCACGAUAGAGUUCGGGCAUGGAACACCAAUGAGCCAAUGAAUGAACCACAAAUUCGUCCAGUGAUUGAACAGCUGCAGCAAUUAUCCAACUCAAUCGACAGUUUCCCGGCAGAAUGCCGCUACAGCAAAAGCAGCAACAAUGAGCCGCAGGAGAAUGAAUUACAAACUCGUCCAUUGAUUGAGCAGCUGCAGGAAUUGUCCAACUCAAUCGACAGUUUCCCGGCAGAAUGCCGCUACAGCAAAAGCAGCAACAAUGAGCCGCAGGAGAAUGAAUUACAAACUCGUCCAUUGAUUGAGCAGCUGCAGGAAUUAUCCAACUCAAUCGACAGUUUCCCGACAGAAUGCCGCAACAGCAGCAACAGAUCAUCCGCGUUCCCGAUGGUUUGGCCGACCCAAUCCCACUCCCAAUUGAUGAGGCAACACUCGCACGCGCUGCAAAAUGGGUUUAAGAUUCCUACUUUGUUUAAAAUUGUUUCGUUGGUUUUGGGACGUUUUCGAUCGCGAUCGAAAUAAAAAUAAAAUUAGAAUGACCGAAAAUUUUGAAUAGCAAAAGAAUGGGCAAAUUGCUCGGCAAUGCCGCGUACAUGGAAGUGUUCUGAACAGCAAAUAUAUUACGAAAAUCCGAAGCUAA